AAACAUUUCCAAGGCUUGGAGGCCUCGCUAGGUUCGUAACUCAUUCCUCUCUCCCUCUCUCUCUCUCUCUAAAAGGCUUCUUUAAAAAUGGCAGUGGCGGCGGCGAGAUGGGCUCUCCUGAGGCGCCUGCGGGUGGCCGCCGGAGCUCCGGCGAUGCCGCCGUCGCCAUCGUCGCCGUCUCCCACCUCCUCCCUCGGUCGCUUCUUCUUCCUCGUCGGUCGCCGAGGGUUCUCGGAGGAGGUGAAGGGGUCGUUCCUCGACAAGGGUGAGGUCACCGAUCGCGUCAUCUCCGUCAUCAAGAACUUCCAAAAGGUCGACCCCUCCAAGGUGACACCAAAUGCUCAUUUCCAGAAGGACCUUGGCCUUGACAGCUUGGACACCGUAGAAAUUGUGAUGGCCUUUGAGGAAGAAUUCGGGUUUGAAAUCCCCGACAACGAGGCGGACAAGAUUGAUUCCAUCAAAGUUGCUGUCGACUUCGUCGCCUCGCAUCCCCAAGCAAAAUGAGGGAACGAUAAGGAUGUUGCAUCUGUUUUAGUUUUUCCUGCUAUUUAAAGAUCCUCUUCAAGGUGUUUAAUCCGAAACAUUCAGUUUGAGCUGAAAAAUUAAAUUCGGCGCAGAGUCUCGGACUCAUCCGGUAGAAGCUUUGUGCUUUUUGAAGCUAGAGAUGCUAUGGGCAUGAAAGUUUUUAUGAUCUUGUUAUUUGUCCAUUAAUUUGGGCACGUGAGUUCUUGUUGUUACUUAUCAUAACCGCCCAUUCCAUAGUUGAAGAAAAUGAUUCACCUGGUUGCCACUC